UAUGUGAAGAACCAUUCUAUACUAAAGCAACGCAUUAUCGCGAUACCGAUCGAGGAGAAGAGAACGUAAGGUAGGCGACGUCAUGUCGUUCGGUCGCCGUUCAUGGCAAAUCCUCGCCCUAUCCAUGGUGCUCCUCUCCACCGCUGCCACGGCCGUGUCCAAGCGGACCGGCGAGCUAACGGUGUUCUGGGGCCGGAACAAGGAGGAGGGCACUCUGCGAGAGGCUUGCGACACAGGGCUGUACAACACGGUCAUCAUCUCCUUCUACAGCGUCCUCGGCCGUGGAAGCUACGGGGUAGACCUCUCAGGCCAUCCGCUGGACGGCGUCGGCACCGACAUCAAGCGCUGCCAGUCCAAGGGAAUCCCGGUCUUCCUCUCCAUCGGCAGCGGCGGCGGAGGCAACGGCUACUCCCUCUCGUCCUCCGAGUCGGCGGUAGCCGUCGCGGACAACCUCUGGAACGCGUACCUCGGCGGCGGCCGCAGCGACGUGCCCCGCCCAUUCGGCGACACCGUGGUCGACGGCAUCGAUUUCUACAUCGACAACCACCAGGGUGCCCCCGACGACCUCUACGACGAGCUUGCCAGACGCCUCGACGGCUACAACAGCCAAGCCAGCGUGAGGAAGCGGGUGAGGCUGACGGCGACGCCGCGGUGCGCGUUGCCGCAAGGGCGCCUGGAGACGGCGAUGCAGACGGGAUUGUUCGAGCGCAUCCACGUCCGCUUCUACGGCGACGACGAGUGCACCCACAGCAACGGUGCCGUCGACAAGCACUGGGACAAGUGGGCGGCGAGGUACCCCGCCAGCCAGCUGUACGUGGGGCUCGCCGCGGCGGAGAGCGGCGUGCCGGAAGGCGCGGCGCCGCCCGUCGAGGUCUACCUCAAAUACCUCUACUACAGUCUGCUGCCCAAGGUGCAGUCGGCGCCCAACUAUGGUGGCAUCAUGAUCUGGGACAGGUUCAGUGACAAGAGAACCAGCUACAGCGGGGCUGUCAAGGGCUGGGCGUCAUGCAGCUAUGCUGGGUGUGUUUAAUUAUUUGACAGCUUUUGCACGAAUCUAUAUCUAAAAGAU